GGAGGUUCCAGCCGGUUGCUCUGCGGGUCCCGCCCAGGCUCCCGGCUGUGGCUGGGCUGCUGAUACCGUCGCUCCGCUGGCCCUCUGCCUACCAUCUCUGUCCUCCCACUCGGGAAUAUGAUGUCCUCCGACGUGGGGCGACACUUGCUCUUUCAGUCUCAUAUGGCAACAAAAACAACUUGCAUAUCCUCACAAGUAUCUGAUGAUGAACAGAGACAAAAAAGAGAAAAUACUCGUUCUUUAACUAUGUCUGAUCAUGUUGGUUUUGAGAGUUUGCCUGAUCAACUGGUCAAUAGAUCCAUUCAACAAGGCUUCUGCUUUAAUAUUCUCUGUGUGGGGGAGACAGGUAUUGGAAAAUCAACGCUGAUUGAUACAUUAUUUAAUACUAAUUUUGAAGAACAUGAAUCCUCACAUUUUUGCCAACAUGUUAAACUUAAAGCUCAGACAUAUGAACUCCAGGAAAGUAGUGUUCGAUUGAAAUUGACCAUUGUAAAUACAGUGGGAUUUGGGGAUCAGAUAAACAAAGAAGAAAGCUACCAACCAAUAGUUGACUACGUAGAUGCUCAAUUUGAGGCCUAUCUCCAAGAAGAACUGAAGAUUAAGCGGUCUCUCUUUAACUACCAUGAUUCUCGUAUCCAUGUGUGCCUAUACUUCAUCUCACCGACAGGUCACUCUCUGAAGACACUUGAUCUCUUAACAAUGAAGAGCCUUGACAGCAAGGUGAACAUUAUACCCGUGAUUGCAAAAGCAGAUGCAAUUUCUAAAACCGAACUACAGAAGUUUAAGAUCAAGCUCAUGAGUGAACUAGUCAGCAAUGGUGUCCAGAUAUACCAGUUCCCAACAGAUGAUGAAACCAUUGCUAAAAUUAAUGCUUCAAUGAAUGAACAUUUGCCAUUUGCUGUAAUAGGAAGUAUGGAUGAGGUAAAAGUUGGAAAUAAAAUGGUCAAAGCUCGCCAGUACCCCUGGGGUAUUGUACAAGUGGAAAAUGAAAACCACUGUGAUUUUGUUAAGCUCCGGGAAAUGCUUAUUUGUACGAACAUGGAGGACUUGCGAGAGCAGACCCACACUAGACACUAUGAACUUUACAGGCGCUGUAAGCUCGAGGAAAUGGGGUUCACAGAUUUGGGCCCAGAGAAUAAGCCAGUCAGUCUUCAAGAGACCUAUGAAGCCAAAAGACAUGAAUUUUAUGGUGAACGUCAGAGGAAGGAAGAGGAAAUGAAGCAGAUGUUUGUGCAGCGAGUAAAAGAGAAAGAAGCCAACCUGAAAGAAGCUGAAAGAGAGCUACAGGCCAAAUUUGAGCACCUUAAAAGACUUCACCAAGAAGAGAGAAUGAAACUUGAAGAAAAGAAAAAACUUUUGGAAGAAGAAAUAAUUGCUUUUUCUAAAAAGAAAGCUACCUCUGAGAUUUACCAGAGCCAUACCUUUAUGCCAGCAGGCAGCAACCUGAGGAAGAUAAGGACCGUAAGAAGUAAGCCAUCCCCAACCUCCCAGUUUCUGUAGGCCCCAUAAAUUUCUCUCUCAUUGCCCUAUUUGAUCUUUUUCAUUUAUUGUUUUAUUGAGGUGACAGUGUUUUAUAAAACUGUAUAUGAUUAGGUAUAUACAUUUAUACCUCCUCAGAUAUAUGUUAGCACACCACACCUAUCACCAGUAAAACUUACUUUAAUUGCAGCAGCAUUCUAUGUAUUAAGAACAUAUUUUUUACUGUAUCUAUUAGAAAUGGGCUAUUUUUCCCUUGAUGAUGCAAAUUCUAUUGCAGUAUGUAUGUAUCAAACUCUAAAUUUAGCCCUCUACAUACACUUCUCACCAUUGUCUCCUUAUUCAUAGUCUGACUGCUUCAAGUAAUGCCAGCUCCUUGAGAGCAUAAGCCUUGUCUGUCUUGUUCACUGCUAUUUCUUUAGAACAGCAGUUGGCAUGUAUUAGCCACUCAGUACAUUUUUGUCUGAAUGAACAAAAUAAAAAUAGAUCAUAAUAUAAAGAGGAUUAGGGUGGGGAGAUAUGACUCUUCUUAUUUCCAUCUAAUGACUACCGAGCCACCAUAAGUUAUGUUACUUCCUAUCUAGCUUUGUUAGGUAAUCAUAGACAUAAAAUAAUACUUGAUAAAAAAUUUAAUUCAUAGCUUCACUAUUUUUAAACCAAUUUCUACUGAUAAUGAUUUUGUGAGAAUUUUUAUCUUAAUAAGGGAUCCAGGCUAUCGAUUCCAACUCCUGUGCUUUGAUGUCAGAACUUGUGAAACCAAUGGUGGACGUAAAGAUGCAGAGGAAGGUAGAGAGGGCCCCAGUACAAUGGGGCGGCCAUGAGUAGCAUUUGGAUGAUAAUCUCAAGGAUUUUAGGUUUGGGGUAUGUGUUAAAAUCACAGUUACCAAAGUUUUAAAAAAAAUAAGUGCUCUCCCUCCCCCAUUUCUCUCACUUAAUCUUUUUGCCAUUUUGACUGACUAUUCAUGAAAUUCAUUUUUUUGGAAAUGUUUAUUUGCACAUCUUUGUCUCCAUUUAUUCCAAUUAACUCUGCUUUAGCAGCAUAACUCCUAUGUUCCUCAUAGAGAAGCACAUCCUUUGUAAUAUCACCACAUCUUCAGCAUUUUCAGAAUAUUGAAUUCAACUUCAGAAUCGUUAGGGAAAUAGAACCUUGGUAUAUGUUGGCUUUCUGUUUAUGUACUCUGAAGUUAAUCCACAGUUUUUGUGGCUGUAAUUGGCCUGUGGACCCUAAAGUUUCAGGGGCAAAGAAAGAACUUUAUCAUUUGUAAGUUUUUAAUGUAAGCUUCACAGGGGCAUGGAUCUUUGUUAUAUUCGUUCCCAGAGUCUUAGAGUAGUGCUAGUACUAAGUGGAUAGUACAAUUUGUCAGUGAAUAUCAUUUAUCAUAGCUGUGUUUUAUUUCAGCAUUGAAUGUCAAAGAUUAACUGAAUAUAAUCUAUUACUGUUUUUUAACAUGCUUUGGACUAUAAAGUUACAGUGACUUUUUGCCCCUUUAUCCUCUUCAUCUUAACCCAACCAGUGUUACUAACAUUGUGUUCCCCAAUUUCAUUUAGUAUAAGAAAAACUGUAAAAAUUGUCAGCCCUCUUCAGGAAGAAUCAUUAGCAUAUGUGUGUGUGCUAUUUAAAAUAAGAACCACCCCUAUAGUUUUUGAGAACUCAAAACAGCUAAUAGGGGUUGAUAGUUUUUGGUUUUUUGUUUUUUCUUUUUUCUUUUCCAAAGUUCUGUAGGUAAAUACUACAGAAUGUUAGAUUACAUGUGCUCUUUCUGUAAAAUUUGUAAACUAUUGACUAGCAGUUUUUAUUUCCUAUAUCUAUAUUUUAUAUUGUACCAAUCAAAAGAUUUUUUUCUCU